AUGGAACCGCCCUCGCCCCUUGCUCCUGCGCCUAGUGCACCCGCGUCCUCGCUGUCGUCCACGCGUUAUGCAAAGCGAGUUGAUAAGAUGAGAAGUGCAGUUAAAGCAGAAGUGAUGCAGACCUUGAAGCCAGCGUUCACGAAGAGGCUGCGGGCAGUGCGCUUGCGGAACGCAAAGCGGUUUAUAGAGCUGGCCAGAUGCGUCAUCCGCGUCGGGGCCAGGCUGGACACCUUUGAAAAGCGGAUGGAUGUAUUCAUGGAGACAUUGAGCGAGGAGUUUGGAGAGUACGAAGAAUGGAAAACUGGCUUUGCUGAGUCUGCCCCAGUCCCCGCCCUCGAUGGCAAGGACCCUGCUGACAGGCCCGAUGGUCGGAUGAUUGGCAACGAGGGCGAAGCCUUUGAUAAGCCUGGUGCUGUCGAUGAUAGCGAGGGCAAAGCGGAAUCAUGA